CCCUAUUUAUUUUUUCUAUUUUUUUAUUCUAAUUUGUGAAUGUAAUAAACAAAGUUCACUAUAUUAAAUUAAAGUUUUAAGUAUUUAUUUAGCUAAAAUGGCAGAUAAUGUAGAUAACGACAGGAUAAAAUCCGAAAAAAACAAGAUAAUUCCUAAAAACAAAAUAACUUUUUUUAGUAGUCAUAAAGGUUUUUUAGACAACGAUUUGGAUAAAAGUUAUUUAUUUUCAUUUCCUAAUCCACUUGUUAGGAUAGAAUACCCCGGUCAUGUAAAAAAUGUUUCUAAAGCAAUUAAAACCUUGGGAGGAAUACAAGAUAUUCAAAGAUCUGUGGAAGGCAAAAGCAAACUUGAACUUAAUUUUCACCCUAAUAGCAAAUAUAGUAAAGGGUGUGUAGCAGAUAAAAUAUUCAACAUGGGUAUUUUAAUAAAAAUUACUAAACCAAAUGAUUGCAGUGAUUACUCAUAUGAAAUUGUGAAUGUUGCUAAUGUUAGUUUUAAAUUCAAUAGAAUGUCUGAUUUUCAAUACCUACCUUUAGUUGCAAAAGAGACACCAGAAAAUGAGCAUUCUGAAGUAGAAUAUUUACAUGAUAAAAUAAUACCUAAUCAUAUUCCUACAUUGGAAUGGUUGACAAGGAAGGAAACAUCUGAACUACCCCCUCUACUUAUUUCUCCCAAAUUUGCAAGAUUUGAUCUACCUCAAGUUAAAUUUCAAACAAAUUCAUCUAGAGAUUUUAUAGCUCUUGUUAGACCAGAAGGCAUAGCUUUUCCCGAUAUUAAAAAAAAGGGACGACCAGACAGACGUGUUUUGUCAUUUCGUGUUAGUUUUAUUAAGCCAGACGUCACAAUACCUAUCCAGCCAUUACCAGCAGCUGUAGAGAUAGUCCAAGAUAGACAUCUAAAUAAUCACUUAGCAGUUAUACAAGAGCUAUUUCAAAAAAAGCCAAUAUGGAGGAAGAUAAGUAUUAUGCAUAAAACAGGAAUGAGUAAUGACACAAUAAGAGUUCUUUUACCUUGUGUCUCGUAUUACUGUAGCGGUGGACCUUGGCGACUAUGUUGGAUAAAAUUUGAUUAUAACCCAUUGAAUGACUUUAAUUCUCGUAUCUAUCAAAUACUUGAUUUCAGAAUUCGUUCUAAAGAGGGAUUGCAUCUUAAAGUCGAAAGAAAACGUGGCUUCCUGGCAAAAUUGUUUAGGGAUACUCCUAAUGAUACUGUUUCAGAAAAAGAUUAUGUUAUAAGGCCCAAUAUAAUUCCACCGGCAAGACAAAUGCUUUACCAGUACUGUGAUGUUUUAAUACCAGAAGUUCAAGACAUGUUGGCAAAAUUGCCUAAAUUACCUCCAAGUGCAAAAUUUGAUAUUAGAAAUGGAUGGCUUCCGCUAAGUUUUACAGAGCAUUGUAGAGAAAUAGUGAAUAAGUAUGUCUUAGAUGCCGUACAAAAUAAAAUUAUGGCUGGAAAAGAACCAAAUCCAGGUAGUUCAGAGAGAGCGGUGGAGUCUUCAGAUAGUAUAGUAUCAUUAUACUGCAGUAAAUUGUUAAGUAAUAUUAGAAAAGGAGUAACUACAAGAGACAGCUCAACAGAAAAUGAAGAAAGUAUAGAAGAAAUCAGUUUAAUUGAAGAUGAAACUGUGGAAACUAUAGAUACAAAUGAAGUAGUCAAUAGCCUCCCUGAAAGAAUAUUGGAAGAAUCUGAUGAGGAAGAUUCAGACAUGGAUCUUGAUAUGGAGGCGAUUGAAGAAAUAAAUGAAAUGCUCAACUAAUUCACAAUAUACUUUUCUCGUAAAGUAUUAAGUUAUUUUUAUUUAAAAAAAAAUCUUAUUGUAUAUGUACUUUAUUAUCUAUCUUACUUUCCCUAUUUAUUGUGUACGUACUAUUAUUAUCAUUAAUAUAAAGACUAUGGAUACUGA